AUGUGGCAAAAAAUGGAAAAGCACCCCCUGCUCCAGAGCAUCGAAAUGGUCUUUGCUUGCAAGAAGUGCAAAAAGUGCUUCCGCAAAGACGCCCAGGAAUUCGAAGACGCUGACGAAUACUGCCCGCACUGCGACAACCACUUCGUCAUUGAGGCAAAGACACCCAAGGCAGCCAUCUCCGUCGAGGGCGAGGACGCCCGCAAGGACAGCCGUAUGAUCAAGGACGAGCGUGUCCGUCAAAUUGCCGGACGCUCAAUAUUUGACCCAACCGACGAUGCGGACAAGCUGGGCUAA